AAUCUAAGCAACUUCACUUGAUUUUGAAGCUCCAGCUGGACCAACACUCCCAAAAUGAAGGCUUUCACUCUUGCGGUUGCCGCGGCCAUCAUGGUGACUGUCAUCGGGAUCCAUGAGGGAUCCGCUGACAUGAUCAUUGAAGGUGCUGAACUGAUGGAUGGACGGGCCAAUGGCAGCCCAAUCGCUGAAGGUGAAGACAUGCCAGCGGACUCCUGGAAGAUGCCAUAUGAGAGAGCUCAGGCACAACGCCGUCGCUGCCGUUUGUGCUGUCGUUGCUGCCCUGGAAUGAGAGGCUGUGGCAUCUGCUGCAGAUUCUAGAAAAGGCCUAAAAACAGCAUGAAGAUAAAUGAACUACAGGAAAAAAAUGCAGUUCAAUAAAUAAUUGCUUUUUAUGGAUCUAAGCAGUUUUGAUGUUUUCAUUGUAACAAUGUGGAUGGUGCUUUACUAUGGCAUCCAAUUUAUUUGACAAAUAAUCAAAAAUACAAACCAAAAGGUUUUACCAUACUAAAAAAUUGUUGUUAAUGCUUUAUGAGUAUAACUAUGAUGUUUAGACUCAGUGUUUGGAUAACUUGAUCAGAGG